AUUUAGUAGUACCUUGACAUCUAAAAGAUUUGGUUUUAUAGAAACAGCAGUUGUGAUUACGUGGUUUCUUCUCACCUCAGUUUUAUUUGCGGACCAUGGCGGUUCCUUUCGUUCAGGACUGGGACCUGGUGCAGACCCUUGGAGAGGGAGCUUAUGGCGAGGUACGUUUGCUGGUCAACAGAAAGACUGAAGAAGCUGUUGCUGUGAAAGUAGUGGACAUGUCCGGUGUCAAAGACGGUGCAGAGAACGUGAAGAAAGAAGUGUGUAUCCAUAAGAUGCUGAACCACGCCAAUAUUGUUCGCUUCUUUGGCCACAGGAGUGAGGGCCAGACCCAUUACAUUUUCCUGGAGUACUGCAGUGGAGGCGAACUGUUCGACCGCAUUGAGCCAGAUGUGGGAAUGCCAGAGAAAGAGGCUCACCGAUUCUUUCAGCAGUUAAUAGACGGAGUGGAAUACCUGCACAGUGUGGGAAUCACGCAUCGCGACAUUAAACCAGAGAACAUACUGUUGGAUGACAAAGAUAACCUGAAAAUCUCUGAUUUUGGGCUGGCCACUAUGUUCCGUCACCGUGGUCGUGAGCGGCUGUUGACACGGCUGUGUGGUACCCUGCCGUAUGUGGCACCAGAGCUCCUCUCCCGCUCUGAGUUCAGAGCCCAGCCCGCUGACAUCUGGGCCUGUGGCAUCGUCCUCAUCGCCAUGUUAGCAGGAGAGUUACCAUGGGACAAACCGAGUGAGAGCUGUCAAGAGUAUUGUGAAUGGUUGCAAAAGAAGACAUACUUAACACCCUGGAGGAAAAUUGAUGCUUUACCACUUGGUCUCCUCAGUCGAAUGCUCCAGCAGAGCCCUGAAGACAGAACCACCAUCACUGACAUAAAGAAACAUCGCUGGUUCUCUCACAGCUUUAAAUCAGGCCUGAAGAGACAGAACGACCUUCAUGGAUCAGUGAACAAGAUCCUUCGCUCUGACUCCCCACUGACUCGGACCAACAGUGAUGACCGUGUUCAGAUAUCAAGCUCCCAGCCUGAGCCCCAGGCCCUGUGGGAGAUGAAGGGAGACGAUGCCCUGGUCAGCUUCUCUCAGCCUGCCUGUCCAGACCACAUGCUCCUGGGCAGCCAGCUUCUAGGCACACCAGGGGCCAGUCAGAACCCUUGGCAGCGUUUGGUGAGGAGGAUGACUAGGUUCUUCACCACUCUGGGGGUGGAGGCAUCGUGUACUGCCCUCCGCAACACAUGCAUCGCCAUGGGACAUACAUGGAAACAAAGCUGCACCAAUCAGGCCACUGUGUCCACUAUGGAUCGUCGCAAUAACAAACUGAUCUUCAAGGUGCACUUUUUGGAAAUGGAGGAGCGCAUCCUCAUAGAUUUCAGACUGUCAAAGGGUGAUGGUUUGGAGUUCAAACGAAUCUUCCUCAAACUCAAACAGACACUGGGUGAUAUCAUCAGUAACCAAAGGCUCCCACUGCCUGUCGCAUAAGAGACACACACACACACGCUCUCUCUGCCUUUCACAUGACACACACACAUGCUCUCUCUGCCUUUCGCAUGACACACACUCGCGCUCUCUCUGC